CUGGACAUGCGCAUUGCACUUGCUAUAGCUUUUAAUGGAGAAACAUAUUUAAUGCCAGGGUUGAGAGGGCUAUAUUCGGACGACGAUUCAAUGCCGAAAUAUGCGCGACAACGGGCAAUUAUAAUGGAGGAAUACUUGAAGUGAAAAUUAUGAUGUUCUGUAAUUCUCCAUAAUGACGUCCGGGUGAGGGUUUGUGAGCUAAUCAAAAUUGGACCUAAGCAGUAACAGGAAUCAUGGUGACUAAGAAAAUCCGUACGGAGUACAUGAAGAAAUUCAAAGAGCCGAAAUGGGAGACGUUUUCCAAGUGCUACGAGGACUCAGUGAAGUACAGGUUGACCAGGCGGGUGAUGGAGCACGCUCACAAACCUCUGUGGUUCUGGGAGGGGUGGGAUGCCUCGACCGGGUCAGACUCCAGCGCCAGUGGGCGGUCCACCCCCAAGGUGAGGAACAAAGUCGCGCCUUUAGACAUCAAACUUCUGACACCACCAGUGAAGUCAGAAUCAAGGGCGAGCCCGGAACCAAAGCCUCCUCCUGUGAAUGGGGAACCAGAAUUGGAGGCCAAGGAGUUUACACUCUUGGAUGCACUACCACCCACAGAGUCUGUAAUAGAGAACGGGGGCCUAAACGAACCAGAUGAGGGGACAGUUAACGGGUCAGUAGUACAAAAUGGUCCAGUGGCUGAAACGCCAACAGAUGAGGGACCAGCAGACAAGGCGUCAUCAGACGAGGAGCCAGUGAAGACUGAGCCUAAGCGUCGCCACCGCCAUCGUGUCCCUCGCUCAGAACCAUGUCAAAGGGACUAUUCCUGUGACGACAUCAAGCCUGCGCCCGUCAGGAAGCCCUCCAGAGCAAAGAGCCAGCCCCCAGCCAUCACCACAGAGAAGGAGAACAGACAACCUCCGCCCCGGCUCGACUGGGCAGAGAGACACGCGUCAUCUGCUAGGAGGUCUACAAAUCAGAGUCGCACAUCUGACGCAUGCGUCCAGACCAGACGGGAGUCGGAUAAACGCUGUUGGGACGUGGACCGCAGGAGGGCACGGUCCGCCGACCUGGAGAAGAUACGGCGGUCGGAGUUGGCCGUGGUGGAUGACCGUUGGAUGACCGAGUACAUGCGCUGCUUCUCUGCCCGGUUGAGGUAGAGCACAAGGAUCAUGGGUAUUCCUCCGCCACCGUCGACCUUUCUAUUUUUAACACCAUGUUUCCUUAUUGAGGAUUGGUUAACAGAACCAAAUAAUUGGAUUGGUUUAGACACCAAUUAGGGACCUGAGGUUUUCCUGGCCACGUAACCUGACAAGGAAGAACUCAGGGCCCUAAUCAUAAGGUAUGGUUGAUUUGUUAAGUUGAUCGCUGAGUUGACGAUAUGCCACUUUUCUUCCACAAGGGAUGACACAAUCAUAGUAGAAUAGUGCAAGAUAUGUAGUUAUGCUUCUAGAAAUUAGACUGGUUUGUACAUGUUUAUGCUGCUGACUACAGAGUAUGAUUUAUACUGUAUUAUUAGACAUUCCAAGCAUGAUGAUGGUCUUUACACUUCGCUUUAGUUUGGAGUUUUUGAUAUUCUGUGUUGCUUAUGUCAUUUCAGGCUAUAAAAUCCAAAAGUUAGAUCAGGGGUAUUCAACCGGGAGUACUGCAGGGGGUCCGCAAUAAUAUAUAUACAAAAAGCUACAGUAGAAAAGAGGAGAAUAUUUUUCUAUUUAACUUUAUUUCUCUAUUCCUAAUAUUGAGCUAGUUACACUCAUUAGAGCUAAUUACACUCAUUGGAGCUAAUUACACUCAUUGGAGCUAAUUACACUCACUGGAGUAUCUGACAUACAAAGCACCUGCUGUUAAGCUUUCUUGUCUUGGACACUCGUUUUUGUGAACACAUGGCCCCAAAACAUUUUUUAAGUUACCUUUCUAGGCUAUGUUAGAGUUUACACACAUUUGGGGGGGGGGGGGGGGGACAAGUGUAUGAUGGGGGUACCUGGGGAAGAAUGAUUUUUUAUUUAACUAGGCAAGUAAGGCCACUCGGGCGCAAGGUUGAAGACCCCUGAGCUAGAUGAAAGGACCAAACAAUUCUUUGUUUUAGAUAUUACAGUAUUUUCUAACGACUAAAAGCCAUAGCCAAGGGGUUGUGGCAUAGAGCUGCAGAGAACGAAACUGCUAGCAGGCUAAUAUCCUGCAUUAGCUUUAUUGUAUUAGGUUGCACAUUUCAAUCUAAAUCUAGAAUGCAUUCCAGAGGAUUGUUUUUAUUCAUAUUUCCAUUAAAGCUCUUAUCAGUAGUACCAUGGAUAUUGUUGUAAAGUUGUUGUAAAGAAAGAUACCGUUAGACAUUGUAUGACAUAGUUAUUGCGCUCACACCUGUAUGUUUUUUGCUCUUUACAUCUUGGCUAUGCCUCGUACGAACCAUCCUGAUCUCGCGAGCUCACAUUCUGUUUCGCUAAACAAGGAUACAGAAUGUGAGCUCGCGAGAUCAGGAUGGUUCCUACGGGGCUACAUCUUGGCAGCUUCACCCACUAUAUAUUUUACAAUCACAAAUACUCACCGCCUCACGUAUUGUAGUAGACAGGCUGAAAUUGCAAUGUAACGUGGUAAAGAAAUGCCCUUCUGUGCUACAUUACCAAAUACGCUUUUUAGAGUGUGUCACUCACCAUCACCAUUGUCUUUGACCGGUUUUCGUAGAUUUACUUAUUUGAUUGGUUAUUCAUACUGAAUUGUGAUGUCAGUACCAAGUUCUGUAUUUGUAAUUUAAAUAGAGGGCUAUUUUGACAGAAAUUAAGUGUUGUAUUUGAAAUCUUCAUUCUUGUGGGUUGUGAAUAAUGCUCAGUUUACAUACUUUUCAGAUUUUUUUACAACGCUUAUUGAUAGUGCUAUUCACUCAGAAUGUUUUUACGUAUAAUGUACACUUUUACAUUUCACUUUCACCAAGUCUUAGUUUAGGAAUGGUUCCUUGAGAGAACGUUGGAAUGACGUUUCCAGAACGUCUCACCGGGAAACUUGUAGGACACCAGCAGUUUUUUGGAGUGUUGAAAUGGGUGUGGCUUUAAUUGACUUAUGCGUGUACAAUCUGAUGAGACUUCCCUCGUGUCUGCCAGAGGGGAGUUUUUAGUGUGUGUGAUUGGCUGUGGUUGUAUGGGCAGAGAGAGAGCUCACUGUUAAGAAGAUUAGACUGGCAUUAUCUUACAGUCAUCUUUAUUCAGAGUGGUCAAAGUUCCAUUGGUGGUCAUGUGACACUUCCCUCCUAUGUCAUCAUGGAUUGGUAAAACGACCCGAGUCAUUCUUUACUUGAACACUGCAUUAUUUAUAAGGAGUUAUAGGAUUUAAUGUCAGGUUAUGACCAAGUCAUGAAAACUGAAGUGGCUGCUUAUAUCACAGACAGGUUUGACUAGUGUUUGUGUAUUCAUUGUCCUCUACAACAUUCCUUUAUGAAUAUGUUAAUUGCAAGAACCGUCUCUCAGGAAGGAAUAAGAGACACUAAUGAUUUGUCUAUAGUCUUACUGUAACUACAAUGUAAGGAAAUGUGAUGUACUGUUUCGGGGGUUUGGAACACACUGAUUCAAAACUAAAUUGAUUGUUUUAUAUAGGAUAUUAAUUGUUUGAGCUCUCUGAACAAAGCUUUGAGUUAUUUUUAUGUGUGGAUUUGAUUUGCAUAAGAUAUUAUUUGACCAAAAGUGAUACAUGUAUCAUACAAUAGUAUAAAUAACCAUGUUUGUGUUUUAUUUCAACAGAUGUUUACAUUUUUGAUCACUGUAUUUGUAUUUGUAAACAUGCACAAUGAUAUAUAUUUUCAUCCACUUUGAAACAUUGCUGUGAAUUAAAAUCAUAUUUGAAUA